UUUGAGGGGGCGUUGUUUGGUUUGCAAUACUUUACAAGUGGCAAGUGGCAAAGUAACCAGUCAGUCAUCAUUCUUUGGGCGGAAGUGUCUCUGAACCAAGAGAGGUCUGUGAGUCGACUGUUCACUGCCACACACAGGUGAAUCCGUGGUCUCCGAUGAUGAUCCUCCGCGCUUUUUACCGAGUUGUGCUGUUCCUACUGGCUGUGGGAGGAAGUGCAAUGCUGCAGUCGUACGCUGCUCCUGAGAAAGGGGAUCUGUCAAUCGCAGAAAAGGUUAAUUCCUUCGUCGAACGACUGGAAGAACUGAUCGACGCUGAAGUUGGUGGAGACGAAGAUGUGACCAUGGAUGUGAUGGAGAAGAACGACGGGGAGUCCGGAGGCGAUUCCUGGCUUCCCCAAACGCGACAAGCUGGUUGCUCGAGUGGCUACCAGAUGCAUAACGGCAUCUGCUACAAAGCCUUCAACACCCCAAAAAACUUUGGCGACGCGUCGUCGACAUGUGCAGCUGACGGAGGCACCCUGGCCAUGCCAAAGGACGCCGGUACUAACGCCUUCCUGCUCUCCCUGAAAAACGCCGUGCAUCGGCCUGGCUGGUUCUGGUUCGGCUUGGUGGAUCAGCAUCAGGAGGGAGGAUGGGAGUGGAUAGACGGCACGCCCCUCGGGAGCUACAGGUCGUGGGGCCCGGGAGAACCCAACAACCUUGGUGAUGAGGACUGUGCCGAGUACUUCCCGUCAGCAUGGAACGAUGCGCCGUGCUCUAAGGCUGACAGAAAAUUUAUCUGUCAGAAAAUACCUGCAGGUUGUCCAGACGGAUACGUCUACCAUCAACCUAGUCACCUGUGCUACAAGGCCUUCAACGACAAGAAAACCUACAACGCUGCAGUCGCGACCUGUGCAUCAGCCGGGGGAACCCUUGCCAUGCCCCGCGACACCGCUACCAACAAGUUCCUCAUUUACCUGAAGAACGCCGUCGACAACAACGCUUGGUUCCGCUUCGGGCUGACAGAUCACCGUCAGGAGGGAGGCUGGAUGUGGCAGGAUAACGUUGCACUGGGAAGCUUCAGGGCAUGGGGUCCAGGAGAACCCAACAACUUAGGCAACGAGGACUGUGCCGAGUACUUCUCCGGGGCUCACUCGUCCCACAGCAACACCUGGAACGAUGGACCAUGUACUAGGGCCGACAGGAAGUUCAUCUGUCAAGUUGCGCCAUCAGGCUGUCCCUCGGGUUACCAACAGCAUGGCCGCAACUGCUUCAAGGCGUAUGGCGAUAAGAAGUCUUACGACGACGCUGCAGCAGUAUGUCGGGUUGCGGGCGGGAGUCUGGCCAUGCCACGCGACCCAGCCACCCACCAGUUCCUGAUCACCCUAAAGAACCAGGUCGAACGGGCUACAGGGUUCUGGCUGGGGUUUAACGAUCGGAGCCAGGAGGGAGGAUGGCGGUACGCCGACGGGACACGCCUCGGGAGCUUCCAGCCCUGGAACACGGGGGAACCGAACCAGUACGGCGGGAACGAAGACUGUGGCAUGAUCAAUCGGCACCCAAAUAACAAGUGGAACGACCAAGGGUGCUCUUCUCAACUGAAUUUUAUCUGCCAGACAUCUCUCCAAGUUGUCGAGUCUUGCGGCGGCAAUCUUCCUGGGUCUGCUGGCAUAUUCAUCUCUCCCGGCUACCCCCAAACUUACAGCGACAACCAGAAAUGCAGGUGGUUCAUCAACGUUCCACCAGGACAUGUUGUCCGCUUGACCUUUCUGGACUUUGACCUUGAGAACCGCUAUGACCACGUCACCGUCCUGGAUGGAUGCACCAACAGGGAGCUGGGCAAGUUCACCGGCACCAGCCGUCCUUCUGCGGUCAGCAGCUCCGGCAGGACCAUGGAGGUCGUCUUCACCACGGACCAUUCGGUGAAAGAGCGCGGUUUCAAGGCCCGUUAUUACGCCGUGGCUGGUUCUGGAAAGAGGGAGAUGCCUGCCCCAGAGGAGCGGGAGCUAGGAGAGCCUAACGAAGAUGACGAGAAGGAGAUGCUGGAGGAGGAUCUGGGGAUGCUGGAGAAUAACAUCCUUAGCGAGAAAAAGGAGUAUGGCCUGGAAUAGUAACACCUACAUGACCGUCUGCCGUUCCACCUUGACAACUACAGGCAGUGAACAUGCAGAAACAGCGAUGAUUAGACCAUCUCCAAGCAGAUAUUGGGAGGAAAGGCAAUCCCAGACAGCCAGAAAACGUUACAAUUUUCUUCCCAACAUUAUUAUUCAAAGAUUCAAAGAAAGAAUUGAUAGCGCAAAGGUGACUUAAGACAGGGCAUUAAGGGACAGAUUCAACUCGGAGAGCCAACUACGGACAUAUAUUCUAAGCACGUGCACUGUCUAGCGUUUUUAUUUUUUUCAUCGCGAAUAUAGAAAACAGAUACCCAGAGCUUCUAGUGAAGUCCGUAUACAUGUACUUGCUUGAUUUUCAAAAUGGAUGCAUGCUUUCGUAUAUAUAAACAUAUGUACCACUUGGAUCUUGUUGUGAAAGGACAAUACUUCAUAGUUUAAUUAGUAUUUCAGAGCUUACAUCUAUUAGGAAAAGAUUAACCCAUGGUUGUAGUUUUCUCUCAAAGAUUAUCAAUAAAGCUAUGUUUAUAACUAAAA